AUGUUAUCUUCGUCCACCGAUCCCAGAAGACCGAGCAAAUUGCGAAGAUAUGCCGAGUGUACACAAGAUACUCCCCCACUAGAUCAAACCAUUGAUUACCUCAACUUUUUUGGUAUAGUCCUCAGUAUGUGCGGACUAUUAUUUGAAAUGAAGUUUGCUGCAUGGCUAGCUGUUGAUUGUGCAUUCAUUACCUAUGCUAACGCAAGAACAGGAGAGGAUACAAAACAGCUUAUCAGUGGAUUCAUGUUGUCAAUCAGGUCAUACAAUCCUGUGAAUAAACGUAUUAUAUAUGUCGGGGGCUUAGCGGAACAAGUUGAUGUAUCUCUUAUUCGUGCAGCCUUUAUAACUUUCGGUGACAUAGUAAGCAUUAACAUGCCUAUGGAUUAUCAAACAGAAAAGCACAGAGGAUUUGCCUUUGUAGAAUUUGAGGAAGCUGAAGAUGCAAUGAGUGCUAUUGAUAAUAUGAAUGAAAGUGAGAUUUUUGGUCGAACUAUUCGAGUUAAUGUCGCAAGACCGGUACGCAUACGAGAAGGCUGGAGUCGACCUGUUUGGUCGGAUGAAAACUGGUUAAAGAAGUAUGGUAGUGCUCCAUUAGAAGCUAGAAAACUGGAGGAGCCUGAAUUCAUCAACCCAUCUGAUUCAAUUGAGAAUAGUGACGAUGUGGAACAAAAUGAUGAACAGGGCGAGGUGAAGAAACAAAGGCGAAACCUUCCUCGAGUAUUUUUCGACAUUCGUAUCGGGACAGCUGAUGCUGGUCGCAUAGUAAUGGAGCUUCGAUCAGAUAUUGUACCAAGGACAGCUGAGAAUUUUCGCGCUCUGUGCACAGGAGAACGGGGAUUCGGAUAUCAAAAUUCUCAUUUUCAUCGAGUCAUACCUCAGUUUAUGUGUCAAGGUGGAGAUUUUGUGAAAGGAGAUGGCACUGGCGGCAAAUCAAUAUAUGGAAGGAAGUUCGAUGAUGAAAACUUCCAGCUUCGUCACGAAGGCUUUGGUGUACUUUCUAUGGCUAACUCUGGACCGAAUACGAAUGGAUCUCAAUUCUUUAUUUGCACGACAAAAUGUGAUUGGCUAGAUGGGAAGCAUGUUGUUUUCGGUCGAGUGAUGGAGGGACAAAAUGUUGUAAAGAAAAUGGAGUCUGUUGGCUCGAAAUCAGGUAAAGUCAAGGAGCCUGUACUUAUUUCACGGUGUGGAGAAUUGGUUUGA